UGUAAUUUGGGUUGCCUAGGGUGAGGCGCGCGCUCUUUUAGCGAAAAAGCAGGGCUGAGAAUUGCAGAGAUGCCGCCGCGGCCGCCGCUAUGUCGACCCUGAUGAAUUGGCCCGUAAUUUUUCGCGCUUGUCAGUCGAGAUAUACCGCAGUGAUUACGUAUUCGUCGGAAUUUUGAAACGCGGGUCGUAAUUGCCGAGAGACCUACAGAUUCUACGAUGUUGACGUCGAGCACGCGCCUGGAUCGUUUUAAUACAAUGUUAAGAUUAAAAAUCUCUGCUUAAAGUGAGUAAGAAAUUGGGGAAGGAAACGAGAGGACGGGCAUUCGAGACGUGAUGGCAAACACGGGGAGCCUUGCUGCGGAUGGAGACGCCGACGGGCCGUUGGUCUGCGGUGUCUGUCACAAUUAUUACAACGAGCCCUGUCUGCUGUCAUGCUUUCACAGCUUCUGCACCCAAUGUCUGAGGGGGCCGCAUCCCGACAGCAAAGUCUCAUGCCCUAUUUGCGGACAAGUAACCCAGCUGAACGAAGGGGCACAGUUUCCUCCACCAGACCAUCUGAUGCGUCAGCUGGUUGAGCUGGCAAAUUCAGAAAAUCCACCAUGCGCCAACUGCGAUAAGCGUGAUAAAACUACAAUGUUCUUUUGUACAACCUGCGGUCAGGCCUUGUGCAACCACUGCAGGGAACACACUCAUCGCGCAAAGAUGUUUUCGAGUCACGAUGUCGUCCAUAUGAGUAAAUGUGCCAAAGAUACUCAGAGGAAAUGUGCCACACAUGGAGAACAAUACAUAAUGUAUAGUCAGAGCGCCAAGUGCAUGUUAUGCGCGACAUGUUUUCGGGACACACCGGCCGAUGCAAGGCUCCACUGCGUCGACAUAGAUGGAGCAUGGCAGCAGGCUUCGAAGAAAAUGGAACGUGCAGCAAAUUCCAUUUGUGAAUUGCAGGCUGGUGUACGCGAUGGACUCAGAGCUCUGAAGUCUCAGUUGGACGAGCUAAGACACAGCUUGGAGACAGAAAAAAGAUCCUUGAACUCUUACUGCCAGGGUAUGCAAGAGGCGGUAGCAAAGACACACUCAUCUGUUCUCUCCGAGAUUCAGAGACAGUUUGAGACAAAAGAGCGAUCCGUCAGGGCGCAGCUGCUUUCCUUGGGUGGUGCUCUUCCUGUACUUCAAACACACCUCAUGCUCUGCACCUCAUUCACCAGCAGUGCUACCAAGUAUCAAUUCCUUGAACUCGCUCACUCGAUGCUUGAAAGACUUGGCCGAGUCGCUCAGCUCGGCCAUCCUACUCGUCCUCCUCUACUUGCUGGACAUUUGAAGACAAAUUAUCGUGCAGAGUUCGCUCGUGUUCUUCAUCCAUAUGUCGGCUCGGUUCCGAAUACCAAGGAUUCAGUCUACGAACAAACCCAUUCCGUCACUCCUGCCGAGUCUCAACAUGCGCAGGGCAACAAAAGUCUGCAAAGGCCUCAAACGAAAGGAAGCGGUGACACUGGGCCGUUUUCCAAUCAUUGCCGCAGCUUUGACUCCCAGUUGAAAGAGCUUAGCCAGCAGUUAGUCGCUGUUAAGGAACGUCUGAGUGAAUUACAUCGUGACGUGGCUCUGCUUAGACGAGCGAACACUCCACCCUUAGGUACACGCUAUGACCACGUAGCUAGAGACUGUCGCUUACUGGAACAGCAGCUGGAAUCACAUCAGCUUGAGCUUGAGCGGCUAAGAAAUGUUUUCGAUGCUCUAUGGGAAGAGCAGCUUUGCAGAAUUCAUAUAGAAAAAGAGAUCUUCCAUUCGCAGAUGAACGACAUUCUGACACUAAAAAGUGAGGUGAAACAGCUUUCCACACUCGCUCAGCAGCUGGAGCCCUUUGUUAAGUCAUUCUCAGCUGGUAUGAGUGCAGGAGAAGCGAGUAUCGCUGCCUCCGAAGCAGCUGGUCACCAACACCUUCAAGUUUUGCUUGAUCAUCUCGCCCGUCUCCAAUUACAAGAGCCACCUCAGUCUCAGCAGGCUACGCACACUAAAGACUGUCGCCAUCCGCGAAACAAUUCAACCAGUGCUGACAAUGCACUCUACAUGAAAGAAGGAAAAGAGAUACCGACACGCUGCCGUACUCCAUCUGGAGGUGUUGGUGCUGUGCUGGAUUCAAGUGGAAACAUUGUGGUUUAUGGGAAUGCAAAAUCAUCGGACUCAAAACGCGGAGUACUGAGUCAGCUUAUAGAGAAAGCAAGGACUAAGGAAGAUCGGAAAAAGUCGCCCGGACGAGAAGACGGUGGAAGAGAUCGAAGUCAGACCCGUCGAUCUCGAAAAUCUCCCGACAAUUCAAAGCCAAAAACACCACCGGGACAUUCCUCAGGAAGUAAAGUUCGCUCGUUAUAUCGUUCCCUGAAAGGAGGCGGAGGCGGAGAUUCAUCUGCGGAAAUGGUCGACCAGGUUGUCAGCUCUGCGGAGAGCCAACAGCAACAACAGUUGCAGACAGCUGCCGCAGAGGAGAGCGAAUAUCAAAGAAUAUCGGAGGCCUCGACCGUCGGAGAGGUGAAAAAACGCGUACAGGCGCAGGUCCAUGCUGUCCCUGCGGAAGAAAUCGCAAUACCGCGUAACAAGGGUGUGAAAAUAUACCCAGCUAGCGACUCCGAAGACGUUUUCUACGCGACAGGGGAGAAAAGCGGAAGCGAGGCGAGAAGACGGCGCAGAGCGAGUUGCGACAGUUUAAGCACAACCGGAUCGGCAAACAGUAGACGAUCUAGCAUAGGAGAAGGUACCACAGGUCAAACCGGGCCGGAUGAUAGGAAAACUUUGGUUUUAUUAAUCGGUCCUUCGCCCGCUCCUUCAACCCUGGUGCAGAAGCAGCGAUCCUGGGAAACGUUUCCGAGACCCAAGAGCAAGCGGGGAGGAAAUGAAAGUAAGCCUGAGAUUGGUCAACUGAAGAAAGCAGAUAGCUUUGAAGGACACGAGGAAGCUGUCCGCACGCUAGUCGCCGCUGUUCAAGAGACCCGAUCACAGCUGCGGCAUCAUCAACAUCAUCAUCACCGCCAUCAUCGGAAGAGCAAAACUAAUUAGAGAAACCUCUUCUAAGGGACACGUAUAUAAGUAUCGAAGAUUUGUUCUAGCAUUAUCUUGACCUCUGUAGAAACAUAAACAGCGGCAUAGAGGCUUCGAGAUAGAAACGCAGAAAACAUUAUGAUCGCAUUGUUAAUAAUUUUGACCUGACUAUCGACCGUUGGUGUCAGGCAUUUUUUUUACGAACUUUAUCAGCCAAAACUGCGUUGAUUAUUACUUAUACCAAAGUUUUUCUAUUAUAAUCGUAUUAUGCGUUGGAAGCGCAAUUCUCGGCGUUCGAAUAACUCGAGAAUUGGAUUCAUUUCUGAUAGACUUAAUGAUAGAUUAUAAAAUGGAAAUUAAUAUACUAUCUCUGUAAGGUUACACCAAUAAUUGAAAGGCAUUAGGUGUUAUGAAGCAAGAUUUGUACUGUUGAAUUUUUGCGGUAAUUAGAGAGUAAAUGGGUUGAAAAUUCAAAAGUUUUUUUUACCGUUAUGGCAAUCGGUAUAUUUGAAAUAGUUGAUCUUUAUUACGACUGAUGUUUAUAAGUGAAACACAGCUUGGACGAACUAAUAAUAAUUAGGAAUUUUAUUGAUAAUAAAUAAGUACGAGCAGUUAAAUCCUGCGCAAAGUGAUUCCAAUUAGAACUAACUAAUUAUAAUGAGGUACUUAGCUCUACAUAAUCAAAUAUCACUUCUGAUCUGUAUCCCGGAGAACAUAUACGUGUGUACUCUGUAUGUAUGCGUAUGGCAUACGUAUGUCCUCGACGUAUAGUAUACGUCUCAUCGCCAUAUGAGAAAUGGUAGAUAUACGAGAAAAAUAGAAAACUAAAAAUAAAGUAAAACGUAAUUCAAUUGACAUUGUUUAAAAUCGAAUUACGGAACAUUCGACGAAUCUAAAAAUUAAGCUUUUUGCCAGUAUAGUUGACAGAUUUGAAAUCAAUACUAUUCGAAUUGCACUCAUCUUGUCAACAGUUGAUCCUGGAACAGAUUUCAGCUAAAUUGAAAU